AAGAAAAUAGGUAAACAACAUUUUGUGCGAUCGUGAGAAAAUAACUUUGAAAAUUGAACAGCUGAUUUGGACUUUCGGAAAUGUCCCCCAUCUCGAUGUUGUGGGAAAAGUGCAUUCCUUUGACUGCAAGGAAAUGAAUUAUUUUGUUGCUGGCUACCAGCAUCAUAUACUGUAUAUGAAGUGGUACUACAGAGGUGCUGCUUAAACUCAGUUUCACUGUGCUUGCUGUGAAUUAAGGGUUCUAAAGUUCUAGUUCACUUUGAAGGCAUACAAUGAUGAAAUUCCAACAGGAACGGAAGCUUGCAGGUCAUCAUUGACCCACAUUUAAGCAGUCUGUCUACGCGUACAUGUAUCAAGGAAUAAAUCAACACCUACAAGCUUCACAAAAGUGUAAUCAGAUCUACUGUACUUGAAGCUGUGCAGAUGAAAUACAUUUACUAUGAGAAUUUGAAAAGCAGUGCUCUAAGUACGCACUAGGCGUCUUCAAUUGAAUACAGAGCAGUCUGUUUGCAUGAGGUACAUGUUAUCAUCAAGAGGAUCUCUGGCUUGUUUAGAUACACAGUGAUAUCAUCAUGGAUUGAUCUCCAAUGAAGGGUAUACCGGUACAUGAAUGUACAAUUUGAUGUUGCUAGACUACAGAUCGAAAUACACCAUGGAAUCCCAGACAUAGCCCAUUUAGUGUGGAUAGAGUAUUUAAUAUUUGCAUUUAGUACUCGAGCCAUCUGCAGCUGUUGAUGUGAGCACAUGAAGUAUAUAAACUUUUUCAAGAGACAUUACGAAUCAAAGACAGGAGUGAAUUAUUGUGGAGGGUGUUGGGGUUACUAUGGCAACCAGCAGUAACCAGAAGAUGCCUGUUCGUGAUAACCUCAAUGACGCCAUCUCUCAUUUUCAACAACAGAUUGGUGCUUAUGACAAGGAACUAUGGGAGGAACAUGUAGAACAAAAGGAAUCACAGGGUCUUGGAGUGGAUACCAGUGGUGCCCAGCUGAAGACUGGCAGAGUCAAAACAGAGUUGAUUGAUGUUGAUUUAGUGAGAGGUUCAACGUUUACCAAAGCCAAACCAGAUCAUGCCUGGCUUGCCACAACAUGGAAGGGUCUCCUUCGAGUCUUCUUCUUUCCUUUCUAUUUCACAUGGUGGAGGCAACAGCUAUCAGCAAGCACGUUCUAUUCAACGCUAUUCCUCUACUUUCUACAACUUGUGUGUGUAGCAAUUUUCUAUGUUUUUCAACCAAGCACGGAGCACCAGGCAAUCUAUGCGUUUGAAAUCAUUGGUCCCAUCCUAUUGAUGCUGGUGCUGGGUACCACAUAUACUCAGGUUGUCUCUACAAAUGCCAAGACAAAGUCUUUGUUAAGAAGGUCAUCUAGAAGAAACUUGCAUCGAUCACACAGUUCACAUGCAAAGGGUAGCAGCAGUAAAACAGCCAUCAACCGAACGUCACCCAAAAAGACAAGGGAGAGUCGUGACAGAGCGAAGGCUACUUCACCCAAACGAAAACCAACACAGAAGACUGUACAUGGGUCCAAAGACAGCAGUCCUUCUCCCAACUCAGACAGUGCAGACAACGGCACAUCCAAUGUCGUUGAAAAGUUGAACCUGUUGAGCGGUGUGGUUCUACAGAAUGAGGAAAACACAGAGAAGGAAGAUAAGGAUGGUCAUACUGAGUAUGUUCCAUUAGAGGACGGGGAGGAGAUAUCCGGAUGUGCCGAUGAGGCUUUCACUCUUCUCAACACCCCCGUGGGUGAAAUGGAAGUGGCCGGAGAUCUGGUGUGUGUGGAGGGACUGACCAGUGAAUCAGGGGGUUCCCCUACCUCCAUGUUGGAUAGAGAGCUGGAGAGUAUCAUCAAGGCAUCACACAGACAAAAUCACACUACAGAAGCAUACAGCAGGAGGCGGCAGAAAGAAUCCCUCUCUCCCAAAAGCCUGGCACAGAAGCCUAGCAACGGUCCCUUGAACAAGGCACCUAGAUCAUGUCUCUCAUCUAGAGAUCUCAGAGAAUCCAGAAAGAAUAGAUUGACAAGAGUAUCAAUACUAGAAAAUGCAAGAAAGUUUUCACCAGUUGAAGAGGAGAGCCCACAGGAGAUCCUGCAGCACAUGUCGGACAGUGAGGGGACACCUUCAGACAGCACCCCAGCCAGCCUGACCCUGGAACAGGACCCCCUACCCCACCCCAAGGGGACGAGGACUGCUUCUAGGAAGGGUCGAAGGUCAAGGGUGAAAAAGCCGGAUGGGUCACAGGAUUCAGAAGGGGAUACCUCACCAGAUAUGAGGAUGGAAAGUGAGCAAUACUUCCAGCCGAUAUCCCGACCACUUGACUCUGACCUAGAUGAAGCCAGCUGGGAGGAGACUGGAGCAGAUGGCUCCAGCUUCAGCAGCGACUCUGCCAACUCCUCUGAUACCGGCUCCUCCACCUCGGAGGAAGGAGACGAGGAGGAGGCGGCGAGGGAGCAGGAGUGGGAUGGAAGGGGAACGGGAGCAGCGCUUCACUUUGAGGAUCCCUUCAAGCUGAUACACAGUGCGGUCAGCUCCAGUAGUAUCUCUAGCAGCGGAAUCAAAAAGGUUCGUGUGCGUAUCUUUGAAGACAACGUGUGUAAGAAGACAGACAUGACUGUUCUUCAGAUCAGUUGUGCAAUCAAUACCAAGGUUCAUUCCAUACAGGCCAGCACUGACUACAUCAAGCUGGGCUUCUUGUGUUCUUUCAUUCUUGCCAUUAUACCAUUCACAUACAGGAUUCACAUAACCCACCACCAAGGAGACAGUCAGGUUACAUGGUUCUCUCCUGAGCUUCCAAUGAUGGCCGUAGAUACAUUAUCCCACAUGCACUGGGCUUCUAUCGCUGUCAUGGUAUUUACAUCGUUUGAGAGGUUCUACCUGAGCUCACUCCUCUUCUUUCUCCUCGCCGUAGCGGAAAGAACGUAUAAGCAGCGCUGUCUCUUUGCAAAGUAUUUCUCGCACCUGACAUCAGCUCGUAGAUCACGACAAUCAUCCCUUCCUCACUUCAGACUAGACAGAGUUAGUAACAUCAAAGCAUGGCUCUCUCUCAGGUCCUUUCUAAAGAAACGAGGUCCUCAGCGUUCAGUGAAUGUCAUAGUAUCAUCGGCUUGUCUCCUCACUCUCAUGUUGGUCUCUAUUCUGUGUACAGAGCUCCUUCAACGGAGUAUGAGUUUCUUGGGUGAGCUGUAUAACUGGGAGGUGGUGGCUUGGACGUUCUGUCUCAGUCCAUUCCUCCUGCGCUUCAUCACACUGGGCUCAGAAAUCAACAAGAAAUUCAGGAACACCUCGGUCCUUCUAACAGAGCAGAUCAACCUGUACUUAAAUAUGGAGAGGAAACCUCAGAAGAAAGAUAACCUCUUGCUUGCCAACAACGUACUUAAUCUUGCCUCAAAGCUGCUCAAGGAUGUGGAUUCUACAAAGGAGGUAGAGACACCCUUCAAGCUGUCUGGUCUAUCCAUGAACCCGGUCCUCUAUAACAUCACUCGGGUCCUGGUCCUGUCUGCAUUCUCAGGAGUCCUUACAGAACUUUUGGGAUUCAAAUUGAAGUUAUGGAAAAUCAAGGCCUGAUCUCAAGCAGAUGGGCCAUUUCACUAUGAUCGUGCAGUUUGAUGGAGAGAGUGCUGUAAAAGAAAAUGAGCAUCCAUCAUCAUCAAUACUUCUACUGGGGAUCUCCAUGAUGCUUGCCAUGGCAAGGCCCCUAUCAGCCAAAGAGAGCUUCUAUCUGUGCAUCAUGUUGAAAAUUAGAUUCACAAAGGUGCAUCGCCAAAAGAUGUGAGAGGCCAGAAUAUUUGUGCUUGGGUAUGGACGUGCUUAUAUGUGUUGUCCAUUUGCUGAUGCUUAAAAGGGAAUUGAAUAUGCAGAUGUAAAUGUAAAACUGUAGACCUUCAUCAUGAAGUUUUGGUUGAACCUUGAUGUGUAAGGAGCUAAUCCUUCUGAGAACUGCUAGCAAACUGACCCAGCCUAGGUCUUGAACCAACAACACCCUGUGCCAUAAUGACUGAAAUGUUUUAUCCUUUAUAGUACUGCUAACUGUAAUCUUUGUACAACGCCAGACAAUCAGAGCAUUUAUAUCCUAACAGCCCUCGAUGUACCUUACAAGUAAUUUCAAAGUAUUUAAAUCAAUUACAAAACUGAAAUCACCAUUCCUGAAUUCUUUGAAUAUAGUGACCAAUUAUCUGGUGUUGAAAGGUUAUAUCAUUAUUAUUGGUAGACCUGAGAAUGAUUUUUCCCCUUUACUUUCUGCAAUUGUGCAGUUGAGAUUCAUGUACUUAAUAUUAGCGUUUCUCCAUGAGCUGAUCCUAAUCCUUAAUAAAGGAUUUUGCUUUACUGAAUCUACACCCAGUUAUUUCUUAUGGAAAGAGUGUUUAUUUAUUUUUUUAAAUUUUAAAUGAAGGAGUCAAUUGAUUACAUUCCAAAAGCAAUGAAAUGCGAUUGCUGUGUUAGUUCACAGUUGCAAUGGUUUUUGUUUUGCUGGUAGUGUUUAUGCUCUUUAAUCUUUCAUGUGGUGCUUGUGUGAGAAAGAAAUAUUUCAGCCAAUGAUUAAUAUUUUGUUGUUUUGUUGUCAUCAUUGAGGUGGUACUUGUUACAAUAUUGCCAGGGUAUUUUCUUAAUGGAAUACUUUU